ACAUUCCUUGAUAACGACAAAGGAGAGUCAAUAGACUCGUGUCAAGCUUGUGGGGGAGGUAAAUACUGUGAGACAGUGGGCAGGACUACUGAUGGGGAUCCUUGUAAACCUGGUUACUGGUGCAAGACUGGUGUUAAUUCUAGUGAACCUGAUGGUUCCAGUAACUCAGGCGAGGGAGGUAUCUGUCAACCUGGAACAUUCUGUACGGAGGGUAGUGUUGAAGAGGCUAGCUGUAAUGUCGGACAUUACAAUCCUAAUACCAAACAGAGCGAAUGUCAGAAAUGUGACGCUGGUUACGUAUGUAACGCGGUAGGUAUAUCCGACCUAUCGGAGUACAAGUGUGGUAAAGGAAACUACUGUCCGCUGGGUUCCUCGUCUCCCAUUCAGUGCCCUGUUGGUACUUACAACAGCCAGGAAGGAGGACAAGACCUGGCGUCUUGUAAACCGUGUGAACCAGGGUUCUACUGUGCUACCAAGGGAAGCACUGAAGGAUUCGAGUGUGCUAUAGGAUACUACUGUCGGGGAGCUGCCAAAGUCUCUAAACCCACCUCACUCUGUAAUAUCACAGAGUGGUGUGAUCUGGACAACGAGCACUGUAAUGAUGAUGAGAACCACACUGGUGGACAAUGCUGGCCGGGAACGUACUGCAGCAUAGGGAGCGCGUACCCAACAGAGUGUGAGACCGGGUUUUAUAACGAUGUGUGGGGUCAGGAGUCCUGUCAGAAACAGUGCGAUCCUGGAUAUCUUUGCUUGUCUGGAGCCACAGAGCCGGACCCUCAAGAUAUGAGAUGUAAAGCAGGACACUACUGUACCAGAGGUGCUACUGAAGCUGUACCGUGCGUGUCAGGAACAUACCUGGACGAUGUGGGAGGGGUGGACGAGAACUCCUGUAAAUCCUGCCCUGAGGGCUACUACUGUCCCGACUCAGCACAGACGGACGGAGAGAAGUAUCCGUGUCCGGAGGGACAUUUCUGUCCGGCUGGCCAAUCAGAAGGAAGUCUGUUCCCCUGUGAACCUGGUUACAAGUGUGUUGGAGGUAAGGGUGACCCAGAGAGAUGUGAAGCUGGUACCUACCAGUUGGAAGCAGGACAGACUAGCUGUGUGGAGUGCCCCUCUGGAUCCUACUGUGACUCCAUGGAUACAGGAGAUCAGGUGAAGGAGUGUCCGCUAGGUUCCUUCUGUCCUAAAGGAACUGCAGCUGGAGAGGAACACUUGUGCCCUAGUGGAAAGUACGGAGCAACUACUGGAUUACACAGUGAGGACGACUGUGGACCUUGUCCUGCGGGUAAGUUCUGUCCCAACGCGGGGACCACAGAAGAAACCCUGAAGGAGUGCACAGCUGGGUUUGUGUGUCAGGGAGGGUGCUCUAAAGGGGAGCCCGGUGUGGGUGAUGCUUGUGGGGGACCUUGUCCUGUGGGUAGAUACUGUCCUAGUGGUUCAUCAGUAGGAGACAAGUGUGCACAAGGAACCUACAACUCCCUGACAGGGAAGUCUCUCUCCAGUCACUGUGUUAAGUGCAGUGUUGGGUUCCUUUGCAAUGAAGCUGGGCUGGAGACACCUGUUGUUAAGUGUCCCGCUGGUUACAUGUGUACCGCCGGAGUGUCUGAAGUAUCAGACUCCAUGAAGUGCCGAGCGGGACAUUUCUGUCAGCUAGGAACUACCAUUGAGGAGCCGUGUCCGGCGGGUAAGUUCUCGAACAAAAGAGGACUGACAGCAGCUGACGAGUGUGAUCCUUGUACGGCCGGGUUCUACUGCUCAGGAGGAGAGACGAAAGAGACAGGAAACUGCAAGGACGGAUACUACUGUCCUGCUGGGUCCUCCUCUAAUACCCAGAACUCUUGUCCGGCUGGUAGCUACUGUCCUGGAGAGAGUCCUAAUCAUGUACCCUGUCCGGAUGGCAAGUAUAUGGGAGAGAAAGAAGCAAGUAUUUGUUUGGAAUGUCCUCAAACUAAGAUGUGUAGUGGCACCGGGACUGUCACUCCCGAUCCCUGUCCUAAGGGACAGUAUUGCACCAAGGGUAUAGGAAGUGCAGGAGGUGUCCGAUGUCCUACCGGAACUUACAACCCUGAACUUGGUGCUGGAACCAAGGAUAAGUGUCUUCCUUGCACAUCCGGUCACUACUGUGAGUCUACAGGUCUACCCGCCCCCACUGACGUGUGUGAGGAUGGGUUCUACUGUGAGUCUGGUGUAGACACUCCCCGACCUGACGGCAAGAACAACAAAGGAGAAGGUAGGGAAUGUGAUGCCGGGUUCUACUGUAAGAAGGGAGUUGGAGAGAGAUGCGAGCCUGGGUUCUAUAGCCAGACUAAAGGUCUUUCAGAGUGCAAAGAAUGUGAGGCUGGUUACCUGUGUCUGGGAGGAGAGGAGAGUGGUGUUAAAUCUGAGUGUACUCCUGGUGGUUACUGUACUGGAGGAAACUCUGAGCCAGAGCUGUGCCCUAUUGGUACCUACAGCGCGCAGACACGUGCAGUGAACAGCAGCGUGUGUCAGUCGUGUCCCCCGGGACAGUAUUGCAGGGAACAGGGCACCACCAGCCCUCAAGACUGUGAUCCUGGCUACUACUGUACGCUAGGAGCAACAUCUAAGGCCCCUACUCCUGACAGCGAGACUGGAGGGGAGUGUCCGGCAGGAUCCUUCUGUAACUCCGGAUCCAGUGCUCCGGCACCGUGUAGUCCAGGGUGGGCUUGUACCUCUGUUGGGCUGGAGAACCCUGACCAGCAAUGUGCUGCAGGAUACUACUGUACCUCUGGAGCAUCUGUUAUAAACCCUGAUAACAUGAAGUGUCCCAAAGGGAAGUACUGUGGUGAGGGCACUACUGAACCUGCUGUCUGUCCUGAGGGUACUUACAGGAACACUGAAGGUGCGGAGACAGUGGAUGAUUGUGAGCCUUGUCCAGCUGGUUCUUACUGCCAGGAUACCACUCAAAUAACAGGUGACUGUAUGGCCGGGUUUUACUGCCCGGAGAAACAGACCUCAGGUUCUCCUUAUCAGUACGAGUGUAAACCUGGGCACUUCUGUGAACCAGGUUCCACUAACAUGACCAGCUGCCCACCCGGCCACUUCCAACAGGACUACAGCAAGGAGGAGUGCUUACCGUGUGAUGCUACUAACUAUUGCCCGGGGAGGGGUACCAGCACUUACACCAUCUGUCCUGAGGGUUACUACUGCCCAGAGCAGACCGGACCAUACCAGGAAUACCCCUGUCCAGCCGGCACUUACAGCAACACUCGAGGACUUCAAAACGAGGACGAAUGUUUGUCAUGUCCAGAGGGUUUCUACUGUGAAGAGGGAACUUCUGAACCUACAAUGAAGUGCUCUGCUGGUUACUACUGUGACGGAGGCGCUACCAAUGCUACCCACAAGAGCUGCCCUGUCGGACGAUACUGUCCGGAGCAGUCCGGAACUCCCAAGCUGUGUCCGGCGGGUACAUUCCGUACUGAUGAACUGGGACAUGAACUAGACGAUUGUACUCCGUGUACUGCUGGCCAUUACUGUGUAAAGCCGGGUCUAGACAAGGUGUCUGGACAAUGCGCUCCUCAGUACUACUGUACUUCUGGAGCUGAGUUCUCGCAACCUGACGACGGGAACACUGGGAAUAUCUGCCCUGUGGGAAAAUACUGUACACAGGGCACCUCGACCCCGUACAACUGUCCAGCUGGCAGCUACAUGGACCAGGAGGGAAACUCUGACACAGACUGUUUCCCCUGCCCGGGAGGAAAGUACUGCGGAGUAGGAGAUGAGACUGGUGGGGAGGACUGUGAUGCUGGUUAUUAUUGUAACACCAAGAAUACUGGUCCUAACCCUGGGUCGGAUACAGCAGCUGAUAUCGGGGGACCAUGUCCGGAAGGAACCUACUGUCCGGCUGGUUCCACUCGACCACUGGACUGUUCGGAUGGUACUUACAAUAAUGCCACUAAAGCUGAGAGCUGUAUCGACUGUCCUGCCGGAUUUUAUUGCGAUGAGAAGAUCAACUUCCACAAAGCCUCAUUCACCUACACUACAGGGAUAGAACCAAAAGAGUGCCCACAAGGUUACUUCUGUCCGGAGGAGACUGGUAUUGACUGGGUACCGUGUGAGAGGGGAACGUUCGGAGCUAAACCGGGCCUCAUCGAUCAGGAUGGUUGUACGGACUGCACGGCAGGGCAUUACUGCGACACUUCAGGACUUUUAGCACCUGCUGGUGAAUGCCAGGCUGGUUACUAUUGUACCAGUAAAGCCACUCAGAAGAACCCCACGGACGGAAACACGGGGAACUCUUGCGGGUUGGGAACUUACUGUCCGACUGGGAGCGAGAAGUCUACCGAGUGUGAAGCAGGGACCUACAAUAAUAAACAAGCUCAGGCAUCCUGUCAACAGUGCCAUGCAGGUUACACGUGUGAGGUGGGAGCUACAGACUACCAGAACAGCGAAUGUAAGCUCGGUCACUGGUGUGCCGAAGGAUCAAGUCAAGCAACAGCUACAAAGUGCGACCAAGGAACGUUCAACCCUGAUCCCAAGGGGGCCACUGCUGAUGCGUGUAAACCCUGUACAGCGGGGUACUUCUGUGCUACCACAGGGCUGGACGGUCCAACUGAGGAGUGCGAGGCCGGGUACUACUGUACGGGUGGUGCUAUGAGUGGCACCCCUCCUACUGGAGAUACGGGGGGUCAGUGUACCCCUGGUCACAUCUGCCCCCGAGGAAGUGAGACUCAACAACCCUGCCCUGCCAGAUACUUCUGCCAGACAGCAGGAAUGAGCAAGGUUACUGAUGACGAUAUCUGCCCUGCUAAGUACUAUUGUCCUGCUGGCACUGACGAACCUGACUCUAACGAGUGUACCGCAGGAAACUACUGCCCGGAAGGAACUGGAGCUACACCAGCGCCCUGUCCUGCUGGUAAGUUCUCAUCUGACAAGGGACUUUCUGCUGAGACUCAGUGUACACCAUGUCAAGCAGGCUUCUAUUGUCCUCUACCUGGUCAAACUCAGGUUGACGAAGAUAACCACGUGUGUCCGGAAGGUUACUACUGUCCAGCUGGUACAGACCAACAGAACUCAUUCCCCUGCGAACCCGGUUCUAAAUGUCCUCAGGGACAAGAUAAGCCUGUGCCAUGUGAGGGAGGCACAUUCCAAGAACAAACCGGACAGACGGAAUGUGUUGAGUGUCCGGCCGGAAAGUACUGUGAGCCUGGGGUGUUAAUACCUGCUGACUGUCCUGCUGGUCACUACUGUGGGGGCGGCAACACCCUUUCUCAGAAAUGUCCUGCUGGAACCAAGUCGCUGGCAACCCAACUUACAGCGGCAGAAGACUGCACGUUAUGUCCGGCGGGUAAAUACUGUGAUACACCAGGCAAAACUACAGACUCUGGGAACUGUCUGGCUGGGUCCUACUGCAAGCAAGGAGCGAAGCAGGCUGAUCCACCAGCUGAUGCUCUAGGAAACAAACCCUGUCCCCCGGGAUCCUACUGUCUGGCUGGUACCACCAUCCCUACUUCCUGUCCUCUUGGCACGUAUCUUGGUACAGAGGGAGGGGAAUCAGUUGACGACUGUGUGGACUGUGAUGUCGGCAAGUUCUGCAACGCACUAGGUCUAACUCAGCCAGCAGGAGACUGCAGUGCCGGGUAUUACUGUGUCUCCAAGAACACGGUGCCUACCCCUAACGAGGAUGUUGUGGGGCGGCCGUGUGAUGCAGGACAUUAUUGUGAAGCCGGCAAAGAUCAACAAGAGUGUCCGCCCGGAACAUUCUCUGCUAAACGAGGUCUGAAGAGCAGCUCAGAGUGUGAUCCGUGUCCGGCCGGCAAGUACUGCGAGGGAGGCAAGAGCUCCACCAGUGGGGACUGUGAACCUGGCUGUUAUUGUCCGGCUGAGAGUUCAGUGCAGUGCCAGGAGGAGUGUACCGCUGGGAACUACUGUGAGGGAACUUCACCUCAACAAGUACCCUGCCCUGACGGAUCUUAUCAGGACCAGCCGAGAGAAGCUGACUGUGCGGAAUGUGGAGCUGGUAGACUCUGCCCAACAGGAUCUGAAGAACAGCUCCCUUGUAAAACUGGUCACUUCUGUCCAGGUGGGACAGGAGAAAAUACAAACCUGAUGCAGUGUCCAGCAGGGACCUAUUCUAACAAAACUGAUCUAGCUGGUGAGGAGGAUUGUACUCCUUGCGAUGGUGGAUGGUUCUGUGACGAGCCAGGGUUAACAGCCCCUGUAGGUCAAUGUGAGCCGGGCUAUUACUGCACAUCCGGUGUUAACAGUGCUACACCUUCCUUCUCCAGCUCAGGUACAGGUGGACAGUGUCAGGCGGGCUACAAGUGUGGUAAGGGAUCAGUGAACCAGGUGCCGUGUGAUGCUGGUACUUACUCUGAUACUCCCGGAUCCACGGAAUGUAAGGAAUGUGUCGAGGGGUACGUGUGUAAAACCCAGGCAGCUACUUAUGAUGAGAACCCUUGUGAAGCUGGCAACUAUUGUCCGGAGGGAAGUUCGGAGCAGACUCCCUGUACACAUGGAACCUACAACCCAGACCAGGGCUCCACCAGCGUGAGCUCUUGUAAGCCCUGUGAACCUGGACAAUGGUGCAGUGAGAGACAGAGCAGUCCUAACGGGCCCUGCAAGGAAGGGUGGUUCUGCACUGGGGGUAGCUCCUCCAGUACUCCUCUCAAGGGAGACACAGGAGGUCCGUGUACGGAGGGUUCAUACUGUCCGGAGGGAUCUCCGGAAGCUAUUCCGUGUGAGAGAGGGUACUACUGUCCUGAUACCCAGCAAGCUGAGUACAACAGAGACCACGAUUGUGAAGCAGGGUACUACUGUGAUGGGGGAGCCAGUACACCUACCCAACACGAGUGUCCAGCAGGUUCAUUCUGCGAGACAGGGAGCAGUGUCCCGGAGGACUGUCCGACCGGGACCUUCUCCAGCACUACUAAACUUACCAGAACUGAGGAUUGUACUCCGUGUACUGAAGGAAAAUACUGCAGCAGUACAGGAUUAACAGAACCAACAGAUCAGUGUAAAGAAGGAUACUUCUGCGUUACCGGUUCUAUACAAGAAGACCCCGAACUUUGUCCUCUGGGUCACUACUGCCCAACUGGUUCUUCUGCAGGUGUCCUGUGUAAAGACGGCACGUGGGCCAGUGCUAAAGGUAAAGUGGAAUGUGAUGAAUGUGAAGCUGGACAGUACUGUACCCAGAAUAAUCUUGACACUCUUAGCAUUGCAACCGACUGUCCCGUUGGGUACUGGUGUCCAGCCGGGACCUCUAAUCCGAACGAACACGCCUGUCCAGCGGGAACCUACGGAACCAGCUCCGGUCUCUCCCAAUCUAACCAGUGUACUGACUGUAUUGCUGGGUUCUAUUGUGAUCAGAGCGACCCUACUAAACUGACUGGCAAGUGUGCAGCAGGUCACUACUGUACGGGCGGAGCUACAACAGCCUCCCCAGGAAAAACUGCUACUCAGGACGGAAACGGGAAAUACACAGGAAACAGGAAGUGCCCCAUCGGACAUUACUGUCCGGUUGGAAGUGUUCAGCCUGAACAAUGUCCUAAGGGAACAUACUCCACAGAGGAGGAACUCACUGCAGCUACUGGGGAAACCGGGUGUACUCCGUGUGGUCCUGGGAAGUACUGUGACCAACUUGGGGCCACCUCUGCCGAUGUUGAGAGUGACUGUGAGCGGGGUUACAUCUGUGUAAGUGGUAGUGAUAUUCCCAACCCUACUGAUACAGUCAGGGGCUACAUCUGUCCGGCAGGCUCGUACUGUCUGGCUGGCAGCACCACCCCAACACCAUGUGCUGUCAACAGUUACCAACCUGCUCAAGGAAAAUGGGACUGUUUCCCGUGCGAGGAAGGCAGGCAGUGUGACAAGCCGGGUAUGUCCGAGGCAAAAGAGUGUCCUCCCGGGUAUUAUUGUCUCUCAGGACAAACCAAGACCCCCUGUCCAGUGGGCACCUACUCGGACGUGAUAAACCUUGCCACGGACGACUCCUGUUUACCUUGUAAACAAGGCUACUACUGUGACGAGCCUGGCCAGCAGGAGUCUGUUAAAACUUGUAAAGAUGGGCAUUACUGUGGGGGAGGCGCUAAGGUAGCUGAUCCUCUGUACGACUGUAAAAUCACCAACAGUUCCUGUAAUGGCAAGUGCCCGCCGGGUCACUACUGUGAGGACGGAAUCAAGAACCCUUGUCCUGCUGGUACAUACUACGACAAAACAGGAGCGGCAGCAGCUGAGGACUGUCUGGACUGCACAGCAGGGUACUACUGUAACUCAGGUACUGUUACUCCCUCUCUGGAAUGUACACGUGGGUUCUACUGUCCUGGGGGGAGUUCCUCUCCUGAACAUCUCAAGUGCCCAAAGGGCCACAGUUGCGGUCCUAAAACAGGUACCCCAGAACCGUGUCCCGCCUCAAUGUACCAACCACAAGAGGGACAGGCUCAGUGUAACUACUGUACGGAGAGUCACUAUUGUCCCAGAGGAGCUGUGGAUAUGUUGGAGUGUCUCCCUCACAGUUACUGUCCUCAUGAAACUGGAGACCCACCUCCACUGUGUGAAAGGGGAACAUACACUGAAGAUGAUGUAAGAGGUCUCAGAAAACCCUCCGAUUGUCAAGUCUGUCCUAUCAGCAAAUAUUGUACUAACGGCCAAAUAACUGGAGAGUGCGGGGCAGGUUACCUCUGCGUAACAGGAAGUUACGAGUCCUACUCCACCAUCACCUACAACACCACUAACCACCUCGCCUACCCCUGUCCCCCUGGUCACUACUGUCUGGCGGGUUCGGAGGCUGCUGUUCCUUGUCCUGUUGAUACUUAUAGGAACAUUUCGGGUGGAGCUGCUCCUACUGAUUGUGUGGCGUGCCCUAGAGGCUGGCAAUGUCCAGAAGGUUCCAUAACAGGUAUCCCCUGUGAAGCUGGGUCGUACUGUCCUUCAGAUAGUGAUACCACACCCUGCCCGGUGGGGUACUACAACGAUAAGAAGGGGCAGACUAACAUGCAGGACGCCUGUGUGCCUUGUCCGCCAGGUUACUACUGCAACGAGUUAGCUCUUCCAACCAAGGACGGACACGAGUGUCCAGUCGGUCAUUUCUGUCCGGGCAUGAACCAGAUAGUGAGGUGCCCUGUCGGAUUUAUGAGGGACCUUGUCGGUGGUAAAGAUACGGAUUCCUGUGCUGCCUGCUCACGUGGGCGCUUCUGUGAUGGAGAAUCAGACUCGGGUCACAUCUCAGGUCAGUGGUGCCCAGCAGGAUACUACUGCCAUUAUAACGAGUCCUCAGGUACACCAGCUCCCAAGGCUUGUCCUAGCGGCUACUUCUGUCCUAACGGCACCAACACUCCUGAGGCCUGUCCUGCUGGAUAUUCAUGUCCUGCGGAGUGUACAAUACCAGAGCAGUGUGAGUACCCCUACUACUGUCCCGAGGGUUCCGUUAACCGUCUCACUUGUCCUCUAGGAUGGAAAGCUGCAUCUGACUCAGGUGCUCUGCGAACCGAUCUGAAGACUUUCUGUACACCAUGUAAUGCUGGUCUCUAUGGUAACCUGGACGGAACUCUCUGCUUAUCCUGUCCUGAGGGACACUACUGUGUAGAGGGAACUAACGGACCAGACGUUUGGAACGGAACCUAUACCUGCCCUGAGGGCAGCAAGUGUCCGGUUCCUUGUCCCCAGGGAACGUUCUGUCAGCUGGAGUCCCCCUGGCCUACACCCUGUCCAGCCGGAACCUACAAUGAUAUGGACAUGGGAGUCGGAGCUGAUGUGUGCAAGAGUUGUUCUCCUAACACCUACAACUUCUUCGACGGACAAGCCAAGUGCAAGCCGUGUGGUAGCAGUGCUGAAAGCGAGGAGGGUGCUAAAGUGUGCACGUGUGUGGGAGCUAACAGAUACUUCCUUAUGAGUGAUGGUUCCUGCCGCUGCAAGUCUGGGUUUGUGUUCUAUGAUGAAACUGACAGAAUGGAGUCUGAUGGCAAUAGCAUAUUUGACUGCCAGCGAGCUGUUGAUGAGAGGUUAGACUCAUUGUACUCCGAUUAUAAUUUCAUAAUGUCCGAAACGUCAAACUUCCUUCACAACAUACUCGGAGAUACACAUCAGGGCAGGCUUGUUGAUAAACUGGGAAAUUUUGCAACUGAGAACUAUGGAGAGAAAGGACUUCAAUUCUUCAACACUUUGACUGUUGCUCAAGUACUGUACCAGCUGUAUGAGGCCCGUGAAGAGAAACGUGACGGUGCCCGAAAAGUGCUUGGUAAAAUAACAACUGACAAAAUCAAUGACUACUGCAAGAAUGAAAAGGAUGCUGAUAAACAGAAAGCAUUUGCUGCCAAAGAACUGGCAAUUUACGAGCGUGCUAUUAAUUCUAUGUAG